AUGGAAGAGCUCCCAAAGAAAUUCACCAUAUCACAUAUCAAACCUUAUGAUGGUACCACCUACCCCGAAGAUCAUGUGGAUCAAUACAGUCAACAAUUGACUUUGGUAUCAUACCCAUUCAAUAAGCAUGAAACAUGUAUGUGCCGAGGAUUUAGUUCAACUUUGGUUGGACUUCCUCUGAAGUGGUAUCUUAAUCUUCCAGAAGGGCAAAUUGCUUCAUUCGCACAAUUAGCCGACACAUUCGUGGAACAGUUUGCAAGCAGCAGGAAAAUAAUUACAACAUCUGAUGAUCUAUAUCGGCUACGACAGAAACAAGGCAAAUCUUUGCGAUCAUUCUUAACAAGAUUCAAUAAAGAGAAACUGGAGAUUCCAGGGUGCUUAGACGAGAUUGCAAUCAAUGCAUUUCGCAUGGCUCUUCUUCCUGGAAGCAAAUUGUACGGGAAGCUUACUCGUUAUCCAUGUAAGUCAUUUCAAGAAGUGCAACUGAAGAAAUCUGAACAAAAACAAGUAAGUUCAGAGGCUCCACGUUAUCCUCGUAGAGAUCCCGAGCCGAUUGAUUUCAAGAAAAAACCCCGAUCUCCUGAAUAUAAUUUGGUGAUUCCACCAAAUGAAGUCUUAUCAGUGUUGAAGAAAAUGGGAGAUGUUGUUCGAUGGCCCGAUGAAGUUCGUAAACCGCUAGAUCAACGGGAUACUUUCAAAUGGUGCGAAUUUCACAACGAUUAUGGGCAUACAACAGAUGACUGUUUUACCCUCAAAAAAGAAGUAAUCCAAUUAUUAAAGAAAGGUUAUCUUCGGGAUUUACUAUCUGAAAGAGGAAAAGCAACAAUGGUCCAAGCUGAAAGACGAGAAGAAGAACAGAAACCACCUCCCCCGGAAAAGACGAUUAAUGUAAUAAUCAGUGGAUCGGAGAUUAGCAGAAUUACACACUCAUUGACAAAGAAACAUGUCAAGCAGACAGAGAAUUUUGAGGUAUGGAAUGACAAGCUGAUGGUACAAUUCACAAGGCAAGUCAUCAGUUUCACAGACGAUAAGAUGUCGAGAUCACUAAAUCCACAUGAUGAUUCCUUGGUAAUUACUUUGCAAAUUGCCAAUUGUGAAGUUAAAAGAAUCAUGAUUAACGAUGGCAGCUCAGCAAAUUUACUGUUCAUGUCUACACUACAAGCGAUGGGACUUUUAGAAGCCGAAAUAAUUAGAGGUCAUAUUCCACUCAUCGGUUUCAGCGGAGAACAACAAUAUACCAUCGGCUCUAUUCCUUUGCAAGUGUAG